UUCUUGAUUUGUUUCUGAUUCUUUCUAGUUCUGUCCAUUGCCUGCUUGGCUACUACCUGCCUACUAUUGGUAUCUAAUCUAGCUUCCAAUAAUCUCAUACAUACUACCAAUCAACUACCUACAUACCAAUCUUCGACUUCUAUCUAAUCUCCCACACAAACAAUCUUUACCACCCCCUUUCCUUUCUCACCUCGACCCAGACAACACAAAUCCCCCCUCAAAAUGAGCAUCGGCAAGAUCAUCGGCAAAAUCAUCAUUAUCCCCAUCAUCAUCAUCAUUGCCAUCUGCGUCGGGAUCUAUUUCCUCAUUAAGCACCGUCGUGAGCGCAAGCGCGAACGCCGCGAAGAUAAUCUCCGCGCCCAGUACUACCGGCAACAGUACCAGCAGCAGUACAUGUAUCCACAUAUGCAAAUGAAAUCACAACAACAGCAGCAGCAGCAGCUGGGCACGCCGGCCCCACCAUACUAUAACCAGGCUUAUGCUGCGGGACAGCAGCCUGUGGCGUUGAAUGAAGGGGAGUAUGGAUAUUCUGAGACGAUGAUGAAGAAGCCGGAGCCGGUGGUGUAUCCGGUGCAGCAGCAGCAUCCGGGAUCGGAGGUGGUUUAGUUCAGCUUGAGAUGGGCUUGAUGGGCUUAUAGGUGUUAUACUUGUUUUAUGGGCUGUUUGUUGGAUAUGACUUUGUGACAUGAUACCUGUAUUGUUUUUGUUGAGUAUGUUUAGUUGAUUGGCUUUGGAUAUGGAUUGUUUAUGACACGUUCUAUGGUCAUGAUGUAUGGAUGAAAUAUAAUCUGCUUUUUCAUAUCAAUGAUCAGAUGGCAUAGCUGUCUUAUGCACCUUCCCUGAUACCCGGAAACAAUAGGCUUUAUUGUUCUCGGACCCCUCAUCAUCUAAGCAGACUGUUGACUAGUGUAACUAUCGCCAGCCACCU